GCGAUUAAAGUAAACUGACGAAGGGGUGAAUACCGCGUAGACGUCAACUAGACAAGCGUAAAGUAUGUAGAAAGGGAUUUGGGAUGCACAUGCCACAUAGCGCCCGUUAUUUAGGCCUCUAGACUAGCAGUAAGAAUUAGAACUUCGGCACUACCCCGCCAACAUACAUAGUUACAUUACACCUGAGUAAGAAACUGCAUCUUCAUCCACGAUAUUGUUCCGCAGAGACGUACAAUCAUUUUUCGUACCGUACGCCUGAGGCCCAAAAUUUCUGCUUCGCAAUGUCCGGGAAUGAAUUUGUUGAGGUAAAAGAAUCCGGCAUCAAUGGGGCGGGCCGCGGACUCUUCGCGACCGAAAAUUUUGAGCCCGGAGAUGUUGUGCUAGCUAUUGGUCGACCACAGGUGGCCGAGCUCGACAUGGACCGCCUGAAGGAUACUUGUGCUUGGUGUUUCCAGCGCGGGGCAACAGACCCUACAGAGCGCGCCUAUUCCGCCUCGAUGGGUCUACCCACUGGAUUCAUCGAGGUCAAGACUUGCACGGGCUGCCACAAGGUGUCUUACUGCUCCAAGAAAUGCCAAGCGCGAGCGUGGAAGGCUGAGCACAAGUAUGAAUGUAAAGUUCUGGCACCGAGCGAUAGGCCUGACCUUCCGGAUGUUGUCCGUGCCGUGAUAAAGCUCCUAGGACGGUUGAAGGCUGAGGGGAACAAGGAUGAAAGGAUGAAGGAUAUUCUAUCUUUCCGGCCCUUUGCGCCUGGGGGCAAAGGCCUCGAAGAUUUCAGCAGGCAGAACAAGAAGCUGUUUGAUGACUUCAGCAUGCUUGCGUUCGCUGCGUGGAAGUACACGGGCGAGCCAAAGAUUGAAGGCGUCGACUCGCAUACUGUGGCCAAGGCCUUCUUAUUCAAUGUGCGUAUUCGAUCUCCUGGCGGAUUUGUAUGAUGCAAAACUAAUAACUGGGAGUGGGCUUUGAUCCGUU